CCGCCUGCUCAGUCCCACUGCGAGUGCCGAUCGGUUCGGUUGUGUUCUGGUGCGGUAAAUGACUUCGUGGUUCUCCUUUGCGCCGUGUUGGUUGGUGGGUUGAUUAGUGUAUUUUCCUUUUGCUGCUGCAUUUUUGCACCUCCCCCUGACCCAUCCGCUUGUAUAGUGUCCGAGUCCGAGUCUGUCAAGUUCAAGAGUCAGUGAGCGUUUUAUCCGUGCGGAUUUCCCAGCCAAAGAGGGGGAAAACUAUUUAAAAACCACAAGUAUUUCGGGUGUCGCGGUUUCAGGUGCAAGUGGCGGAAGCGAUUUUUCACUGUUGUGCAAAACAAUAUUGCACACCACCGCAGAAAGUCUUGGAGUGUUGAGAAAAGUGCAGCCAAGUGGGAUACAGAGAAGAAAUAGAUCCGUGGGUGAAGAAGUGCCGCGCCGACCAGAAGAAGAAAGCAAAAACCUCGGUGUAACCGAGAGGAGAAAGAAGGAAAGGAUUGCAGAGCAGAUUCUGCUGCUGCUGCUGUCACUACUGCUGUGCGUUGGCCGGGGAACGACGGACGGGGAAUCCUGUAUGUCACUAGGCACAACGGCUCCAGCAACAAGUCAUAAAUCAAUGGUAGAGAUGUGAUGUUAAUGCUGUAUUAAAGCCACAUAAAUACAACACGGCCUCAGAACCAGCUAAAGUGACCGGAUCGUUAGAUUACUUCAAACCUCAGACGUGGGAAAUGAUGAUCCAGAAGCAGAGCACCAAACCAUAAAUUAGGUAGAUGAAAAGUGAAAUUCCCCCCUGGCGGUAGUGUGGAAAUAGUGAAAUAGGUUUUCGAUAAAUAGUAAAAAAAUGAGUGCACCACGCGCCAAACAAGGUGAGCAAAUUGAAAUGUAAAUACGGGCUCUACCGCUCGUUCGUUUGCCGAUCGUAUAUUUUGGUUUACGGAUACCAGGUUUACCCCUGUUGUGUUGUGUAUCAAGCAGCAAGUGAACCAAGAAGAAAGGUGAAAAGUAAGCGCGAAAGUGGAUGUGCAUGUAUAUCGAGAGCUCCCCACUCGUUGUUGUUUCGUUGAUCCGCUCAUAAAGUGCCCUCUCCCAUCCAUUCGGUUUUGGUGCAAUUAGUGCUGUGCUGGGUGUAGUAUAUACGGCAGUACCACGUGGUCAUCUACGCUUUCCACACCAGCUUGCGGAAAGGUGCGUGAUGGGAGCAAUCUUUCGUCGCUUCCCAUCAUCGUCGUCGACGUCGUCGUAUACUUCCAUCCAACGCCGCCGCUGCCACCGAGCUGCGUAGAACGAAGUGCUGCGAGGAGAAUUGCCUACACCACGCAACACUACACUUCCGUAGGAAAAACAGCAGUAGUUUUGCUUGCCCCAAGAGCCAAGCAGCUGCGCACGAUGAGAAAAUCGCACAGGCACUAAUCGGCUAGCGUUGUCCUCACUACCAACACCACCGCCAGCCACUACCGCAGCUACAGUGCGCCACUACGUCCGUGGCGUUGUGGUGGCGCCCACCAGGGUCAUGUUCGAGCGUCGUCCACUGUUUGGGGCUCUGAUCGUGCUGACACUGGUAGUGACGAUAUGGCACAUGUCGCUUCAGGAAGCCGACAGCAGCAGCAGCGGCACCACCUCAACCGUUACUGGUGUCCAAGGCGACACCCAAGGUAUGCAAGGACCGUCCCUCCUGACCCAUUACUCCCCUCACUUAGCCGUGGCCCCACCUAGCAGCAGUUACUACUUCUAUGCCUUGUCCAAAGGCGGAGGUGGAGGGGUCGUCGGUGAUGAUGCAAGUGCUACUACGGUGGACAGUUGGAACCAGAGCAGUGCGUUAGGAUCAUUAGUCAAUCCAGUCGAACGGUUGCCAAAAGAUGACUAUACCAAUUUAAUAGAUUUAAAAGAUUUUAGAUUCACUAUCAACUUUAGCAAUUGUAGUAGCGACAGUAGCGAGAGGAUCAAACGUGAUAGCCUUAAGAGUGACGAGCGACGAUCACCGUUAGUUUUAGUACUAGUACAUUCGGCACCAACCAAUUGGUACAAGCGCAAUACGAUCCGUGAUACCUGGGGACAGCACGAUCCGCGAGCAAAGCUCGUCUUCCUACUGGGGGCGGUCAACUCCAGUAUCCUGCAGCGGAGGAUAGAGCAGGAGAAUCGCAUGUACGACGACAUCGUCCAAGGGAGCUUCCUGGACGCCUACCGAAACAUGACCUACAAGCACGUGAUGGCUCUAAAAUGGUUCACAUAUCACUGCCCCGAAGCCAAAUACAUCCUGAAGGCGGACGACGACGUCUUCGUGAAUACUCCCGCACUGUACGACGUGCUCGAAACGGCCACCCAACGGCGGAGGCUACUAUUCUGUCAGGAGAUCCGGAAGGCCCCCGUCAAGCGGACCCAUCGGUCCAAGUGGUACGUUAGCAUUCCGGAGUACCGGAACAAGUACUACCCCAGCCACUGUCCCGGUUACUCGAUAAUCUACACGCCGGACGUGGCCUUCCUGCUCUACCGGGAAGCCCAACAGCAGCCGUAUUUCUGGAUCGACGAUGUCCACCUGACGGGCACGAUAGCGCAGCGGAUCAACGCGACCAUCACCCCGACCGGCAGCAUGCUGCUCAACAAAAGCCAAAAAGAUGCCAUCAUCGAGAACAAGCUGAACGCCACCGAGCAGUUGUUCUUCUUCACCACGCCGGAUCUGCGCCAGGGGGAAAUCCGACAGCUCUGGAAGGCGGUAACGGCGGCGCGGAGGAGCAGCAGCAGCAGCAGAUAGUGACCGGAGUAGGAACGGAUCACCGGCGUCGGCGGGAGCAGACGAUAAGAUAUUGCAUGUGUGAGAGUAUGUGUUCCGCGUUUUGAGUGGGUAAGUGUGCUUUUUUUUGGGGACGGAACCGGAAUUGCGUAGGUAGGACAUCUCAAUGAACUCAGUAUAUGUAGAACAAAGAGGAAUCAAAAGCGAAUUCGUGUGUGAUAGACAGUUGUGGGAAGCGCGUGCAUGAACAACCGUCCCCCUCGAAAUUUUCCACGUGACGCUGAUAUUAGUAUUAACAAUAAAAGGCUUUAUUAUAUAAAACAUUUUCAUCCUGUUAGGGCCAUCUUGAUCUGAGUUUUUUUUUAAUAUGGUAUGCAUCAUAAUAAAUGAGAAUUAUUAAUGUA